CCGAAUUUUUUACAUUUUCAUCGGAGAAUUUGAUUUCUGAGUCAUAGUGGCGACAAUGGAGACUUCUGCUUCUUCUUCUUCACUGUGUCGAGUUCCGUCUCUGUGGACCGUUGGAACAAGACCACGUCAGAUAAAAUCUACCGCUAGUUUUGUUUCUCCGGGAAGAAGAAGAAGAAGAAGCCACGGCUUGUUGAUGAUAAGUAAUCGACGGCUCAGAACGACGUCGGCUCUAAGUGAACUGGCUGACACGGUGGCGGAGACAGGCAAAUCGGAGAUUACGUGGCAGAUUAUAGUUGGAACUAUUGCUGGAAUCAUACCAUUCGUUGUUGCAGGUGUUGAAUUCAGCAAAAGAAUAAUUGCACAGAAGAGAUGUGAAGAAUGUGGAGGAACAGGACUUGUUUUUAGAGACAAAAAAUAUUUUCGUUGUCCUGAGUGUGGUGGGUUUCUUCCAUGGCAGUCAUGGAGAAGAUUCUUUACAGGCUGAUGUUAAUGAUCUUUGCAAAUAAGAUUUUCUUGAAUACAUUUAAAGAUUUGUG